AUCACUGUAAGGCAAAGGGCGGAGAUUAGAUUAGGAAAACAACAUAUCAGGAGGCGGAAGUUUCCGCGAAGGAAGGAAGUUUCAGCUGAAGGGCAGUGCUUUAUGAUGUGCUGAGAACAGACAAGCCUUCAUCCCCUGUCUCUCAUCUCAAUGCCUGAAGCUGCGGAGCCCCUGCUGUCUGAUCUGGCCUCCUUGUUCAUAGCGCCCUGCCCCUCUCACACCCCUCAGAAUGGAGGUCGUGGUGGCCAAGCUGCUGUGCCUGCUUGGCGUGUUUGUGCUCAUGAUGCUGGGCUCGCUGGUGCCCGUACGGAUGAUUCCAGUGGACUAUAAGAAAGCCCAGCGCUCCCGGAAGUUCCUGGCUCUGUGCAACUCCUUCGGAGGGGGCGUCUUCCUGGCCACCUGCUUCAACGCACUGCUUCCAGCCGUGCGAGAAAAGGUGGCGGAGGUGCUGAAGCUGUUGAGUGUGCAGUCGGACUACCCCCUGGCAGAGACCAUGAUGAUGCUGGGCUUCUUCCUGACGGUGUUCGUAGAGCAGGCCGUGCUGACCUUCCGCAAAGAGAAGCCGUCCUUCAUAGACCUGGAGACCUUCAACGCGGGCGGCUCGGAGGCAGGCAGUGACUCGGAGAAUGAUAGCCCCUUCAUCGCCAACUCCCACGGAGACCACCGCGGCCACGGCCACCUGCUCCCCUCUGAGCUGACCCGCGCUGGACCGCUUCGCCUGGCCAGCCUGGUCUUUGCCCUGUCCGCCCACUCCGUCUUCGAGGGGCUAGCCCUGGGGCUGCAGGACGAAGGACCCAAGCUGUUCAGCCUCUUCCUGGGCGUGGCUAUCCAUGAGACCCUAGCGGCUGUGGCCCUAGGCGUCAGCAUAGCCAAGGCCACUCUGCCCAUGAGGGACGCAGCCAAACUGGCCGCCAUAGUCAGCCUGAUGAUCCCCCUCGGCGCCGCAGUGGGCAUGGGCAUCGAGAGCGUCCAGAACCUGGCGGGCAGCAUCGUAUCGGUGGUACUGCAGGGCGUGGCGGCCGGCACCUUUGUCUUCGUGACGUUCCUUGAGAUCCUAGCCCAUGAGCUGGAGGACAAGCAAGACCGGCUCCUCAAGGUGCUUUUUCUCAUUCUGGGCUACGCAGUGCUGGCCGGCCUGGUCUUUGUCCAGUGGUAAGGUGAAGGACCAGUAUCUUUAUUUGUGGAACAAGAGACACCAGUACUGGCAAGGUUUUCCUUGAGACCCUGUGUCAGCUCAGGACAGUGAUCUCAGUGCUGUUUGCAAACCAUCCUGUACCAGGUAUGGCUGAUGGCAGUAAUCGAUCCCCUGCAGAGGAUGCAUAUCCCCCCAUAUAGUUGAUGUCAUAAAUGCAAGUCACCCUUAAGUUUCUAUAUUACAACCCCAGGGGCUUAUGAUAUGCAUUCCAUAGAGUACAGUGUACUGAAUGUUUAAGAAGAACAUCCAGGCAAAUGAAACUUGUUACUGACAUUCAUUAGCGCAAAAUAAAUCUUGAAAAUAUUAUAGUCUAAGACUUUCACACUCAAAUUAGAUUUUGUAGUGGGCCACCUUUAGGCAUGGCAAGUCUGCAGACUGUAAGUAUUAUCAUACCAUAGUUAGUUAUUGUCCUAAACCAUUUUUAAUGAAAACUUGCAUGAACAUUAGGAUCAACAGUUCACUAACCCUACAACAAACUAACAAAGUCAGCUGUUUAAUUAUAAUUAAAAAUGGUACGCUUGCAUGCAAACCCAAGCCAUUUUCCAAUGAUUGAACAGUGUGUUAAUACAUACCCGUUUUAAAUCUAAUGUAUUUUAAUACAUGCUAUGAUUGUUGGGAUUAGGACCGUAGCCCCGUGGUGUUCCAGUACACACUAACUGAGACAAAAGUUACAGCGACCCACUUAUGUUGUUUUUGUCUUGUGAUUAGCUACGCAAGUGAAGGUGAUAUUUAUGACUACAGCAAGCUGCACCUGGUAAGGGACUAUAAGUGGAGCACUGCACUCCUUCCCUGACACACAUAGCAGAAUUUCAGAGGGCAGCGUUUGCUCAGCUUCGCCGCUCCCGAGUCAGCACGGGGGUGGUAGUGGUGAGCUGGGCCUAAAAAUAAUUGGAUAUUCCAAAU